ACAACAAGCACACACAGGAGAAAAACAGAGAUAACAGAGCAGCAAACUCAUCAGGUGCAACUCCUCUGCUCUGCUACGCAGACGCCGUGCCCGCGGACACCAACACAAACCAUGAGGCCCGGAGCCGAGUUCGUCGCCAUGAGCCACCGCGCGGGGGCGCCGAUGGUGGCGCCGGCGCACGGGCUGAUCAACGGGACGGCGCCGCACUCGCCAUGGCAGUCGCCUGUGCCGUACCUGUUCGGCGGCCUGGCGGCGAUGCUGGGGCUCAUCGCCUUGGCGCUGCUCAUCCUGGCGUGCUCCUACUGGAAGCUCUCCGGGUACCUCGACGGCGACCGGGACGGCCAGGAGUCGGGGGGCGACGGGGAGAAGGCCUCGGCGUCCGGCGCGUCCAAGCCGGCCCUGGAUUUCCAGGAGCACGUCGUGGUCAUCAUGGCCGGCGACGACCGGCCCACGUUCCUCGCCAAGCCGGCCACUAGCCGGGCAGCCGAGGUAGAGCUCGCAGCGGCGGCGGCAGCAAGCGCGAGCGCCGUCGACGAAAAGGAGAAGAAGAUGGACGAGCAGGGCUGCGAGGUGAGCUCGCAGCUCGGAGGCGACCCCGCCGACGCGGCGAGCGGGAGCAGCGGCCACCAAGACGCGGCGAGCCAGAGCCGUGACCACCACCACCAUGACCAUGAGAGCAGCAGCACGACAGCGCAGCAAGAAAGCUUGCAAUAAAGCCUGAAGACUAUGAGAUGGUAACGAACUCAGCUAUUUCAUCUGAUUGUGCGCGGCCUCGCUGGGAACUCCAUCAAAUUCCACGUCUGCAACUCUCGCAACGAGAAACAUCAGCGGCUGCGACAUGAAGUCCUGGACCAGCAGGCGGAGUCCAAGCGCCACUUGCUCGGCCAUGCCAUCACCGCCGAAUAAAAGGCCGCCUCCCUCCGUGUGCUUGGGUCACCGUCUCACAGGCCCAGGCAGCCAAGUUUAAGCCCGCACGGACCGGCUCAAGCGCAAGGCUGAGGACCGCGGUGGGCUGCUCUCCGUGCUCCUCACCGGCACGAGCGCCGAGGGAGGAAAAAGACGAAGCUGGCCCUGCAGAUUAGUAAGGGGCACAUCGGUGAUUCCCCUCGGCAUCUUUGCUUCGAGAUAGUGGCUCCGAUGGUACGAUGAAUGUUGCAGUGUGACUAGCGGUCGGUGUGGAGUGACAGUGGCCCAUUCCGCGCCAAAACAAGGGCUUCUCCUAACGGCUGUUGCGGUGAUCUAAAGUGAGAAGACGUCCCGCCGAUAUACCAGUGUCAUUAUGUCCUCUAGUGGAGUACUCGGACUAUCGAUUGAUAUGUCGUCAAAACGUUGAUUGGAACUAUACCUGGGCAUAUGUUGGGCCGGACUGGGCUUCGGGCCAAGCCAAAAAAGCCUAAUGGCAUGCACAGGCCCAGCCUGGCCCGGGAUUUUUGGGCUGGGUCAGGUCGGGCCAUCCGGGCAGGGCUGCCCAUGGCCAAGUAUAAUUGGAACAUCGUUUCAUGUUCAUAGUGAAAACUCUUAU